AUUUGCCCCCGUCAGUGAAGUUCUCUCGGUUCCGUCAUCGCGGAUGAUUCACUGUUGUGUUUGUUGAAAAACAACUAUUUUUUAUUCUCACGUUGAGGCUUUUUCUUAAACCCUAAGCCAGACUUUCCUCUGCACUAGGAGAAAUCAUUGUAGGUUCUAAAAAUAGUUUUUGCCCUUCUCUGUGGACUUAACAUAAGAUUAGUUUGUAUUUGGAUUUUUUUGUCUAAAUAUCACACCAUAAACCCAUAUCAGUUACAAAAUAUUCGGGUAAACCAUGAGCUGUGGAAAAGAGUUUGUGGAAACAUUAAAAAAAAUUGAUUAUCCAAGAGCUGAUAUUCUCAAUGGGGAAGAUUUUGACUGGUUGUUUGAGACUGUUGAAGAUGAAUCAUUUUUGAAGUGGUUUUGUGGGAAUGUGAACGAACAGAAUGUGUUAUCUGAAGAAGAAUUGGAAGCUUUUAGUAUUCUUCAAAAAUCAGGCAAGCCCAUCCUAGAAGGAGCAGCAUUAGAUGAAGUUCUUAAAACCUGUAAAACUUCUGAAUUGAAGGCAACCAUCUUGGAUGACAAAGAGCUAAAGAAAUUACAGGAUGAGGUUCAAACUCUGCAGAAACUAAAGAACCUAAAAAUUCAGCGCCGUAAUAAAUGCCAGUUGAUGGCUUCAGUGACCAGCCACAAAUCUCUGAGGUUAAAUGCUAAAGAAGAAGCUGCUAAAAAACUGAAGCAGAGCCAAGGAAUUCUAAAUGCUGUGAAUGCUAAGAUCACCAAGGACCUUCAGGCUCUUACUGGUGGAGUUGCAAAACUGAUGAUGUACUUCAGACAUUCUAAUUUGGGUCAAGGGACAAAUCCACUGGUGUUUUUAUCUCAGUUUUCCUUGGAAAAAUAUCUAAGCCAAGAAGAGCAAAGCACAGCAGCAUUAACCUUAUAUACCAAAAAAAAGUUCUUCCAGGGUAUAUAUGAAGUAGUUGAAAGUUCAAAUGAAGAAAAUUUUCAAGUUUUAGAUAUACAAGCACCAUCUAUAUGUGAUAAUCAAGAAGUCCUUGAGGAGAGACGGCUAGAGAUGGCUAGGCUGCAGCUAGCAUACAUCUGUGCUCAACAUGAAUUAAUUCACUUGAAAGCAAGUAAUUUGAGCAUGAAGGCGAGUAUAAAAUGGGCAGAGGAGACUCUUCAUAGCCUCCCCAGCAAGGCUCUUGGCAAAGAUAAUUUGGAUUCUAAAAUUUCUAGCUUGAAUAGUGAGAUUCUGAAACUUGAAGAACAGAUCGCUCACAUGAAAGACAAAAGUUUGCCUGCUGUGGUGAAAGAGAAUGCCCAGUUACUGAAUAUGCCAGUAGUAAAGGGAGAUUUUGAUCUGCAGAUUGCUAAACAAGACUAUUAUACAGCAAGACAAGAGUUAGUUUUAAAUCAGUUGAUAAAGCAAAAGGCAUCAUUUGAACUUCUGCAGUUAUCAUUUGAAAUUGAAUUGAGAAAGCAUUGGGACAUAUAUCGUCAACUUGAAAAUUUGGUUCAAGAAUUUAGUCAAAGUAAUAUGAUGCUCCACCAGCGAUUAGAAAUGUUAAGAGACCCAUCAGUGUCUCAGCAGCUAAGUCCAAGGAACACCAUUGAUACCAAGGAUUAUUCUACUCAUAGGCUUUAUCAGCUUUUAGAAGGGGAGAAUAAGAAAAAGGAAUUGUUUAUAACUCAUGGAAACCUGGAGGACGUGGCUGAGAAAUUAAAGCAGGAUGUUUCUUUAGUACAAAGUCAGUUGGUAGUAUCUGCUCAGGAACAUUCUUCGUUUCUGUCCAAACUGAACAGUGACGUGGACAUGCUUUGUGAAGCUUUAUAUCAAGGAGGAAAUCGGCUUCUGCUCAGUGAUCAGGAGUUACUGGAGCAGUUUCACCAAGUUGAAUGUCAACUGAAUAAGCUAAAUCAUCAUCUUACUGAUACUCUGGCUGAUGUGAAGACAAAAAGAAAAAUUUUAGCAUCUAAUAAACUGCAUCAAAUGGAAAGAGAAUUAUAUGUAUAUUUUUUAAAAGAUGAAGAUUAUCUGAAAGAUAUUGUGGAGAAUUUAGAAAAACAAUCAAAGAUUAAGACUGUUGGUCUCGAAGAUUGAUGUUACUAAACUGAAUCUUUACUACAUAUGCUAUGUUUUAACAUUUUAUAUAUUGGGAGGAGAAUAUAACCAAUAAACACUACUAAAAUUUUGAA